AUGGCGGAGGCUGGAGUUCACAGAAUCCUUCUCUUCGUUAUUUCUGUGACAAAAUGUCUGGUGGCUACAAAACUGCUGGCAGACCUUAAAAAAUGUGGUGACUUGGAAUGUGAAACUUUAAUAAGCAGAGUCUCAUCCAUGAAAGAUUACAGAGGACCUGACUGUCGAUACCUGAACUUCUCUAAGGGAGAAGAGAUAUCUGUUUAUGUUAAACUUGCAGGAGAAAGGGAAGAUUUGUGGGCAGGAAGUAAAGGAAAGGAUUUUGGAUAUUUUCCCAGAGAAGCAGUCAAAAUUGAAGAGGUGUUCAUAACUGAGGAAAUCCAAAUAUCAGCUACAGAAUCUGACUUUCUUUGUCUUGGAGUAAGCUACACAUUUGAAAAUGAAGAUAGUGAGUUAAACAGUAAUAAUGGUGAACAUAUAUAUUCAUAUGAAGAAGAUAAAGACCAAAAAUCUAGUAUAUAUGAAAAUGAUUUUCAAAUAGAACCUGGAUUUUAUGCAACUUCUGAAAGCACCUUGUUUGAAGACCAAUUUCCAUCAUCAGAGGUUUUCAAAGACGUCAGAAUUACUAGCGAAUCAAAGGACUGGGAAGAAAUAGAAGCUGGAAGUGUGGAACAGGAUCAUAUUCCAGAAGUGGAUCAUGUCUCACCAUCCUCAGCUGUGCCUGAAGUAAGAGGAUGGUUUGGAUUGGGAAGAGAACAAGUUGAAGUGAGGGCUUUUGAAUUAGUUAUAGAACCUGUACAGGAAAGCUCAUUGCAAAGUAGAAAAAUAGCAGUGGAAGAUGAGAAUGACCUAAAGGAAUUAAAUAAUGGUGAGCCCCAAACAGAACAUAAGCAAGAACCUGAAUCAGAAUUUGAUUCAGUGCCAGAGAAACAGUCUGAAGCAUCUAAGUCAGAGCAUCUUCUCCAACCUCAAGCCAGUGGUUGGUUUGGUGGUGGAUUUACAAGUUAUUUAGGUUUUGGAGAUAAGGAUACAGGGCAUGAAUUAUUGUUCAAAGAAAAUGAUACACCACUACAAGAUGUUCCCAAUUCCGUAUCACCUGAUGAAGAAGCCACAGAAAUAUUAACAGAAAAAGAAGAUAUAAUCACUAAUGAUAGCUCAGUUCUCAAGCAGAGUUGGUUUGAUUUUGGUUUUGGUAGGUUAGGCUUUGCAUAUGUCAAUGAAGAUAAAAUUAUAUCAGAUGAUGGAAAAACUGAAGAUGUUGGGGGAGAUAAACAUAAACAUCCUUCAGUGAGUGCAUUUGACCCUGAUAAGAAACAAGAAAUAAAAAUGAUGAAAAUUACAGAAACAGAACAUCAAAUAGACAAGAAAAGAGUUUUAAAGAAAACACAUUAUUCUGAUACUUUACCAUAUUUCAAAAAAUUCUUGCAUAAAUUUGACAACCUUUGGAGCUUCCAGAACAUUCCAAAGGAAGCAGAAUUGCCAUUUCCCAAACAGAUAUUGGAUCAAAACAAUGUAGUUGAAAAUGACGAAACAGAAGAAUUUUCAGUUGAAAAUUAUCCCACAGAUAAUAUGAAAGUUAUGAGGUUGAAAAGCAGAUAUAGUCAGUCAGGUAUGGUCUCUAAAAUAGAGUUACCUAUGAAAAUUCAUGGAGAAGUACAUUUCAAAACACUGUCUUCUGAAAGCAAUGAUGAAAAAUCAAAUUCAUCAGUAGACACAGAAGGGCCUGCUCAGGUGGAAAUAGACAGAUCUACGGAAAAUACCCUGCUAACCAUUCCUCAAAAAGAAGCUGCUUCCGAGUUUCAGAUUCUGAAAUAUUUAUUUCAAAUUGAUGUUUAUGAUUUCAUGAAUUCUGCUUUUUCACCAAUUGUAAUUCUUACGGAAAGGAUUGUGGCAGCAUUGCCUGAAGAUCUGAGGCCAGGCCCUAAUCUCUAUGGUUUUCCAUGGGAAUUGGUGACAUGUGUGGCAAUUACUGGAUUUUUUAUUGUUCUCUUGUUUUCGUGGAGAGGUUUUCAAUCGGUUAGAAGCCGGCUUUAUGUAGGAAGAGAGAAAAAGCUUGCUGUAAAGCUUUCUAAACUAAUUGAAGAAAAAUGUAAACUACUUGAAAAAUUUAGCGUUGUUGAAGAGGAGUAUGAAGGCUUAGAGUCAGCUUUGAAGGAUGCCAGCUUUGAGAAAGAGUCAACAGAGGCACAAAGUUUGGAGGCAACCUAUGAAAAGCUGAACAAGUCCAAAUCUAAACUUGAGGAUGAAAUACUAUUUCUAGAAAAAGAAUUAAAAGAACAGAAAUCUAAACACUCUGAACAAGAUGAAUUGAUGGCAGAUAUUUCGAAACAGAUACAGUCCCUAGAAAAUGAAUCAAAAUGCAUCAAAUCACAAGUAGCUGAAGCCAAAACAACCUUCAAAAUAUUUCAAAUGAAUGAAGAACGUCUGAAGGUGGCAAUAAAAGUUGCUUUGAAUGAAAAUUCCCAACUUCAGGAAAGCCAGAAACAGCUUUUGCAAGAAGCUGAAGUAUUGAAAGAACAAGUGAAUGAACUUAAUAAACAGAAAAUAACAUUUGAAGACUCCAAAGUACAUGCAGAGCAAAUUCUGAGUGAUAAAGAAAAUCACAUCAAGUCUCUGACUGAACGCUUGCUAAAGAUGAAAGAUUGGGCUGCUGUGCUUGGAGAAGAAGUAAUGGAUGAUAACUUGGAACUGGAAAUGAAGAGUGAAUCACAAAAUGGUGCUCACUUAGAUAAUCAGCCAAAAGGAGCUUUGAAGAAACUGAUUCAUGCUGCUAAGUUAAGUGCUUCUUUAAAAACCCUAGAAGGAGAAAGAAACCAAAUUUGCACUCAAUUAUCUGAAGCAGAUAAAACAAAGGAAGAGCUUACAGAGCAUAUUAAAAAUAUCCAGAUGGAACAAGCAUCUUUACAGUCAGAAAAUACACAGUUGGAAAGUGAGAAUCAGAAGCUUCAGCAGAAACUUGAAGUAAUGACUGAACUGUAUCAAGAAAAUGAAAUGAAACUCCACAGGAAAUUAACAGUAGAAGAAAAUUACCGGCUAGAGAAGGAGGAGAAACUUUCCAAGGUAGAUGAAAAGAUCAGCCAUGCAGCUGAAGAACUGGAGACAUAUAGAAGCCGAGCCAAAGAUCUUAAAGAAGAAUUGGAGAGAACCAUUCGUUCUUAUCAAGGGCAGAUUGUUUCCUAUGAGAAAAAAGCGCAUGAUAAUUGGUUGGCAGCUCGGACUGCUGAACGAUACCUCAGUGAUUUAAAGAAAGAAAAUGCUUACAAGAGACAAAAAUUAACUGAAAAAGAGUUUAAAUUUGAACUUUUAGAAAAAGAUCUUUAUGCACUUGAUGUUCCAAAUACAGCAUUUGGCAGAGAGCAUUCCCCAUAUGGUCCCUCACCAUUGGGUCGGCCUUCAUCUGAAACGAGAGCUUUUCUCUCUCCUCCAAUUUUGUUGGAGGGUCCACUCAGACUCUCACCUUUGCCUCCAGGGGGAGGAGGAGGAAGAGGCUCAGGAGGCCCAGAGAAUACUCUGGACAAUCAGAUUACCAAUGAAAGAGGAGAAUCAAGCUGUGAUAGGUCAACUGAUUCUCAUAGAGCACUUUCUGACACUGGAUCCUUGUCACCUCCAUGGGAACAGCACCGGAGGACGAUGAUCCCUCCACCAGGCCAACCAUGUUCUGAUCCAGCUCUCCUUCCACAAAGGCAAGACAGAUUUAAUUCUAAUUCUGGUAGGCUGUCCGGACCAGCAGAACUCAGAAGUUUUAAUAUACCUUCUGUGGAUAAAGUGGAUGGUCCAGUGUCUUCUCAAAUGGAAUCCAAUAGAAAUGAUACCAAAGACGAUCUUGGUAAUGUAAAUGUGCCUAAUUCAUCUCUACCUGCUGAAAGUGAAGCAACUGGCCCUGGCUUUGUUCCUCCACCUUUUCCUGCAAUCAGAGGUCCAUUGUUUCCAGUGGAUACAAGGGGUCCAUUCUUGAGAAGAGAACCUCCUUUUCCUCCACCUCCUCCAGGAAGCAUGUAUGGAGUUCCUCGAAAUUAUUUUCUACCACGGGUUUUCCCUGUUCAGCCACCUCCUCCAUUUGCAAUGAGAAAUGUCUAUUCACCGAGGGGUUUACCUCCUUAUGUUCCUCCAAGAGCUGGAUUUUUCCCUCCACCCCCGCAUUCUGAAAGUAGGAGUGAGUUCCCUUCAAGGUCGAGUCCACCUUCAAAUGAGCCUACUACUGAUCCAGAACCACAACAAGAAGCCUGACAAUAUUUUUGGUCUCUCUUCAUAAAUAAUUUUUGACUUAUCUCUCAUUUUUAGUUUAAGUAACUACUGUUACUUAAAUGAUUAAACUUUUGCUCAAAUUGAAACUUAAUGGAAUUAUAAUUCUCAGGAUAGUAUUUUGUAAAUAAAGAUGAUUUAAAUAUGAAUUUUAUGAGUAAAUUAUUUUCAUUUUAUUUUAUCCUAGAUAGUAUAAUUAUUUUAAUUUGAUUAACUAAUCCACUAUUACAUAAACAAUAAUGGGAAUUUUAUAUAUGUAAUCUUGCAGUUGGGGAUGUUUUAAACUCCAAAGCCUGCGUCUUUAUGCCAAGAAUUGUAUUUACUCUGGUUGUAGACAAAUGUGAAGGUAACUUUAUGCUUAAUUAAAUAAAUUUUAAUUGAUUUAAA